CUCAUUUCAUUGCCUGGUUGUCUCGGAUUCUGCUCGUGUCUUAUUACCACAUUUUUGUCAGCAUCUUCUAUUGAAAGUUUGUAUUAUAACCAAAGACAGGAAUCUUUGGUGCAUUAGAGAUAGCACAGAUAGAUUUCUGCUGCGUUGUCUAUUUGACCAGAAAUAUUGUCCCAAGUACACUUACACUCAAGAUUCCACUUUCUUUAUAGUAAUUAAAAUAUAUUCCAUCCUAACAUGCAGAUCCUUCAAAGGCUUUUCAAGACUGCAAAUGAGACUACCACUUCUAUAAGCAACAAAGAAACUGUCAAUCAUCAGAAAGCGAAACCAUCAAAAGAUAUUGUGUUGUUUGGGAUCUGUCGUGGGAGUAGUAGAAGAAGAGGUGAUCAAAGCAGUUCAAGAAGCAAAAACAUCAACUUAUUCAAUAUAUUGUGCAGAAAGGAUAUUGGGAAGGAGUAUUUUUAUAGCACAAUUCAGUUAAGGAGAGUAGGAAGUUACCAUAGGAGACAACAUUUUGAAUACUGCAUGAAGAUGAAAAAAGAGAACCUUAAACUCUCUCACAAAGCAGAUUCGACAGUUGUAGGAAAUAUUACCCAAAUUUUGCCCAUUACACAUGAUUCAACAAAUGAUCAUAAAGAUGGUGCAGAAACAAUUAAGGGAGAUAAAACCAAGAUGAGUAUCUCUAAGAUGAAAGAGCUACUAAGAUGGGCUGCUGCUGCCAAAACUGACAAGGGAACCAAAUACAUAACCAGAAAGUUGCAGAUAUUCAAUUUCAGGAACAGGGCAACAUUGAAAGCAGUAGCAGAUGAUGAUCAACUGAGUAAUGAUUCCCCCAAAAUCAGCUUUAGAUGGGAUGCUGAAAGUUGCUCCACAACUUACUCAGCCAUGUCAAUACCUAACUCUUCAACUACAAAGAAUCAUGAACAAUCCAUUCAAAUAAACUUUGCUUCUGUAAACUCAACUCCCAUACACAUAGAUCAUUGCCCAAAAUUGAACUGGAUCACCACUGAUUCUGAAUUUGUGGUGCUAGAGCUAUGAAGACUAUAAGAACCAAAGGAGACAUGUAUAUCAUCAAUAAAUCUGGCAUGUGCAGUAAUUGAUGCGUAGCUAGAAAUUUGAUCUUUUCAGAUGUAAUGAUUAAGAAUUUCGCAGGGCAGAUUAAUGUAGCAUUAAUUACAAUUAUGUGAAGUUUUCUAUUGAUCUUCUA